GGUGAGUGCACGGAACACUCUGUCCGGAUCCGCGCCGCGAGCGUAACUUAGUUCGUAACGCGGGAGAAUGUAGAUUGGCAUCGUAUUCUAAACUGUAUGAGUGGUUUAAUAAAUGAAUGCAGCUGUAUAAUUUUACAACUUCUAUUACAAAAUAUUUUCAUUAUUUUAAAAUAGUCGUCAAAAGCUAUAUUAACGUGAACUUUAAAUAAUUACACGGCUGCGGCCAAUGUAUAUUGUUGGCGAAUAAUAGAAAUGAACGAUAUCACACUUUAAAACUGUAAACAAAGUUUAAACAAUAAAUCCAUAACGGACGAAAACCGACACAAUACGAAAUGUCCAUGCUGCGCUUGAUUUUACAAAGUGAACAAACACAAAGGAGAUAAAUCUAGAACAGUUCUUGAACAGGACAAUGUUAACAAACAAAAUCAACAGAGCGGGUGAAACUUUCACAGCUAAGAAGUCGAAACUGUGUAUACAAUGUCGGUGGAGAGCAGCGAGCUCUAACAAGCCGGCCAUCCGAACUUGUUAAACGUGGCCGGGGAGUAAUUCACCGAAGCGGUCACUAACUGAACACUCGGACAGUUCGGGAACGUCCGCGGCUGUGUGUGGCAAGGCUAAGAGCACAGAUUUGUGUCUGCAUGGCAGCCCAUAGUGUUGCUGGCGCGCAGAGAAUGGGCCGCGGAUGAUGGACUCGCACUCGCUGGGCCGAAGUCGGCAGACUCCCGCUGCCAGAAACCACAUUGUUUACACCGACCAUAAAGGACGAAAAAUACCGUACGCUGACAAGAUCACUCCGGAGCCAAUACUGCACAACAAUACCAGUAGGGACACAAAGGCUGACUCCAUCAGGAAUAGCUAUAACAGUCAGUUCAAAGUAGGCAUCUACGGCUGGCGGAAGAAAUGUCUAUACAUACUGGUCAUGACUCUUAUGUUGAUGAUGGUCAUCAAUCUCGCACUGACGUUAUGGGUACUUAAAGUCUUGGAUUUUAAUUCGGAAGGAAUGGGUCAACUCCGUAUAGUACCUGGAGGGUUACAACUGUUAGGGCAAGCUCUAAUGUUGGACUCUCUGUUCGCGUCCACCAUCAAGUCACGUCGAGGGUAUCCAAUUUACAUGGAAGCUUCUCGAAAUUUCACUGUUUCUACUAGAGACUCGCACGGAUUGUUACAGAGUAGAUUAUAUCUAGGCCACGAUCGUUUCGAAGUGAACGUAGGUCGGUUAGAAGUGCGGGACGCCCGGGGAGCGUUGUUACUUGGCGCGGGGCAGGACUCGGUCACAAUCGGGGCAGAAACACUGACGGUGGUCAGCCCUGCCGGCGUCACCAUACAAGCCGCCGCGCAGACACCCCUAGUCAAAGCCCCCCCUUCAAAACCAUUGGUGUUGGAGUCACCGACGCGUUCGCUGGAGAUGCAUGCGGCACAGAACAUAGUGCUAGAGUCCCGCGCCGGUGACAUCAGCGCCAGCUGCCUCACUACCUUCCGACUCCGAUCUGUCGCCGGCUCGAUUCGUCUAGAUGCACCCAGUAUAUUUAUGCCAAAGUUAAAAUCGGCGUUGCCACUGCCACCCUCCGCGCACACGCAUGAUCCACACCACCAGAACAUUUACCAACUGUGCGCAUGCGCGAACGGCAAGCUGUUCCUCGCCCCGCCCCACGGCGUCUGCGCAGCGAGAGAAGAGAGCCUUAUAUGCCGAUGAUGAAUUUAUAUUGUGAUCCUGUGACAUUGUUGUUCAUUGACGCUUUCUAUUUACUUUCUCAAGUAUUUCAAGCGCUAUGUACAUUAACGAAUAUGCAAUUAUAUUAGUUUAUAGUGAUGUGUCAACGUUGUGUUUUAAGGCGUAACAUAUAUGUCUCUGAAUGGAUUUACGUGAUUAUACGAGGUAGGAUGUUAGGGAUUUAAAAUUGAAAGCUUGUCACUGGUUUAUUUUUAACAAAGUUAAUAAUAGCUUGGUAUUCUUCAAUUUUAAUGAAAUUCGUGUUUAAUUGUUGUCCUGGCAAUAGUAAAUAGUUGUCUUUGUUCCUGAGGGAUUUCCAUGGAGGGCAUGAUUUCAAUUUUCAGUCCGCUUUAAGACACUCUCAGUGGUUUGUAAGUCUCAAGCCGGUUGUGCUUAUCAUUACGAAUUGUGUAAUAUUCUGUUAUUUGCUUCUUUGAGAAACUGUUAUUGUUAUAAAUUAAAGACGAGAAUUAACUUACCUCCAUUUCUGGUAAAAAUUACACAUACAUGUAUUUAAUAUAAUUAACAACGAUGUCAAAUAAAUUUAACGUAGAACGAAUUACGAAUAGGUGUGAUGUUUGAGCCCCAUAUUAGUGAAAUGUAACUUCCCAAUUUAUUUGUCUGUAUGUACAAAUAAGAGUUAAUAUAUUUCUGUCAAAAUACUGCAGUCGCUUGUUAUUCGUUUCAGAGUAAAUAUUUGUAUGGGAAACCGCUACUUCCACAUGUUUAUUCCAAGUUUAAGUGUAAAUCUAGAAUAGGGAUGAUGACUUUGUCAAAUAAAUUGUUUCCAAGUAUAAAUUAUACAUAACUAUAGCGGUAUUCUCGUUCUCAAAGAUUUUUCUAGCUAAUUUAAUGAAAUAUACAAGACUCGAAUAUUGAAAUGUGUUGUUUUUGUUGGAAUGGAAACGUUAGAUAUUGAAUUUGGCUUGUUGUCAUCAUUAAUUUCUAUUGUAUGAUAAUAUUCCACCAGCGAACAGAAGUCUUAAUCUAGUUGUGUACAAAUACUUUAUUUAUUCAGCUUAUUAAUCACAUUUAAUCAACUACAACGACUUUCGAAAACGUAUCAAUUGAAAUCUAUUGUAAUAAUAAAAUCUAGUGCCUUUUGGAUCGCGUUUAGAAUAACGAUUGGCUGAACGAACUUCAAAUCAUAUUUUGUUAUGCGUUGUGAAUACUUCCAUCUGAUUUUAAUGUUUACCACCCUCCAUGUUUGUUGAACGUAUUCGCAAACAUACAAAUCAAUUUGUUUAACGUAAUGUAUGAAAAUGUUAGUGUUAUUUCUGUUUUAUUUAUCGUAGGAGUUAACUAAAUAAUGCGUUGGUUUCUACCGUAUAUUCUUCUUGUUUGUUUUCAUAUUUUAAUGUGAUUUGUUGCUAUAUUGUGUGUUCCUAUAUAUUGUGCGCAUCUACAUACAUGUUUAACAACAGGCAACUAUUAUUUUAACUAUAACAACUUACCAAGGUCACUAACCUCUUAAUGAUGAAUGUAAAUUUUAAUGAAUAAUGUCUUAUUUUUCGGCUGAAAGGGUAAGUUGACGGGUCUACGUGUCAUAGGGAACAUUAUAAUUAUAUAUUUAUAAACAGUUAUACGCAAUACUUGUAGAAAUCAUUUAUGUAUAGACUUCGUGUAGAGAUUUAUAUGAUGUAUAGCUAAUCUGUUACGCAUAGGAAAAUAUAUAUUAGACGUAAAUGUUUGUUGAUAUUGUUGUAAAUAUAUGUAAUUUAUGGAAUUAUUUAAGU